AUGGCGCCAAAACCCUUAGAGUUCCUAAUCACCCAAUCUCUCCCAAUCCCGACCAUCCCGUCUCUCCCAAUCCCUCGGCCUACUCCCCUGGCCUCUCGUCCUCCGCCCGGCCUAAUCCCGUCUCUCCCAAUCCCUCGGCCUACUCCCCUGGCCUCUCGUCCUCCGCCCGGCUUAAUCCCGUCUCUCCCAAUCCCCCGGCCUACUCCCCUGGCCUCUCGUCCUCCGCCCGGCUUAAUCCCGUCUCUCCCAAUCCCCCGGCCUACUCCCCUGGCCCCUCGUCCUCCGCCCGGCUUAAUCCCGUCUCUCCCAAUCCCCCGGCCUACUCCCCUGGCCUCUCGUCCUCCGCCCGGCCUAAUCCCGUCUCUCCCAAUCCCCCGGCCCACUCCCCUGGCCUCUCGUCCUCCGCCCGGCCUAAUCCCGUCUCUCCCAAUCCCCCGGCCUACUCCCCUGGCCUCUCGUCCUCCGCCCGGCCUAAUCCCGUCUCUCCCAAUCCCCCGGCCUACUCCCCUGGCCUCUCGUCCUCCGCCCGGCCUAAUCCCGUCUCUCCCAAUCCCCCGGCCUACUCCCCUGGCCUCUCGUCCUCCGCCCGGCUUAAUCCCGUCUCUCCCAAUCCCCCGGCCUACUCCCCUGGCCUCUCGUCCUCCGCCCGGCCUAAUCCCGUCUCUCCCAAUCCCCCGGCCUACUCCCCUGGCCCCUCGUCCUCCGCCCGGCUUAAUCCCGUCUCUCCCAAUCCCCCGGCCUACUCCCCUGGCCUCUCGUCCUCCGCCCGGCCUAAUCCCGUCUCUCCCAAUCCCCCGGCCCACUCCCCUGGCCCCUCGUCCUCCGCCCGGCUUAAUCCCGUCUCUCCCAAUCCCCCGGCCUACUCCCCUGGCCUCUCGUCCUCCGCCCGGCCUAAUCCCGUCUCUCCCAAUCCCCCGGCCUACUCCCCUGGCCCCUCGUCCUCCGCCCGGCUUAAUCCCGUCUCUCCCAAUCCCCCGGCCUACUCCCCUGGCCUCUCGUCCUCCGCCCGGCCUAAUCCCGUCUCUCCCAAUCCCUCGGCCUACUCCCCUGGCCUCUCGUCCUCCGCCCGGCCUACUCCCCUGGCCUCUCGUCCUCCGCCCGGCCUAA